UUUCUAGGUCGAGUUAUAUUUGUUGAAUGAACGAGAAUGACAUAGGAAUACGUUGGUAACAUCGUGAUCUUCGAUCUCGUAAUAGCAAUUCGGAGUUGUUUACUUGGAGAGAUAAAAUAAAUAACCCACAUUUCAGGCAGAAUCUGCUGUUAAUAAUUCAGCAUGCCAAGGCCUCCCAGAUCCUUAGCCUUUCACCAGGGUCACGGUAGAUUUAAUCAUAUUGCCCGUGCUUUCCGCACGGGUUAUCCUCUUGGGUUAUGGAACUGCUCAUCCAGGGCUAGAGACCAAGACAGUGAUGACGAUGAUGACAGCUGUUUUGUUCACUAUGGAUGUCCACCAUCGUAUGACGACGAUCCAUUUGGAGCUUUUCGCAGAGUUAAUACACCGUUCGGUGAGAUAGACGACGCCGAGUCCUCUGCUAAUAACAGCAAUAACGAGAUCUUGACGCUAAAAGUAACUAGUGUGGGGUUUAAUAUAGUUGAAAACUGCCGCCAUCAUCAUACCAGUGAGUUUGAUAUAACUCAAUCAGAUGAAACACCCAAUCCCCAGCUGGUUGUACGACGUGGUCAACCUUUUAACAUCACUGUAACAUUUAACAGACCUUAUGAUAAAAGUACAGAUGAUCUUCGUCUUGUCUUUCAAGCAGGUGACGAGCCGUUACCAAGUAAAGGGACUGAAGUUGAGAUUGUUCUGUCAGAUGUUGACCUACCAAAAGAAUGGGGAGCAAAAAUAACAAAACCGGAGGGAAACUUACUUUAUCUGACCAUCUUCACUCCACCAAACUGUUACAUAGCUAAAUGGAAAUUGAAAGUAGAUGUUCUGAAAAAAGCCGACCGGAAGACAACUAUUUAUAGAUAUAGUCAUAGAGAACCUGUUUAUAUUUUGUUUAACCCCUGGUGCAAAGAUGACAUGGUCUAUAAAGAAGAUGGGUUACAGGAAUAUGUAUUAAAAGAUACUGGGAAAAUUUAUGCUGGCACGGAGGAAGAUAUCGAAUCUAGACCGUGGAACUUUGGACAAUUUGAAGAGCAAGUAUUGGACUGUGCCAUGUAUCUGUUAAAUAGAUCACAAUUAAAAUGGCCGGCACGUGGAAACUCAAUCAAGAUAAUCAGACAGUUAACUGCAUUGGUAAAUGCGCCUGAUGAAGGAGGGGUAUUAGAGGGUAACUGGUCUGGAGAUUACAAAGGUGGCAAACCACCUUUAACCUGGACUGGCAGUGCACCUAUACUACAAGAAUUUUACACCAAGAAACAACCUGUUAAAUUUGGACAAUGCUGGGUCUUCUCUGGUGUCUUAACAACAGUAUGUCGCGCUCUCGGCAUUCCCGCCAGAAGUGUCACCAACUUUAGUUCUGCUCACGAUACAGAUGGCAGUGUUUGCAUCGACAUCCAUUUUAAUUCAUACGGCGAAGUCGAUGAAAAGACCAACUCGGAUUCUGUCUGGAAUUUUCAUGUAUGGAAUGAAGUUUGGAUGGCUAGACCCGAUUUACCACCAGGUUAUGGAGGCUGGCAGGUUGUGGAUGCCACACCACAGGAGAUCAGUGGUGAUGAAGGAUACUGUUGUGGCCCAGCUUCUGUUGUCGCUGUUAGAAAAGGCGAAUUGGGUCUAUUGUACGAUGUAGAUUUUGUAUUUGCUGAAGUCAAUGCUGAUAUUGUACAUUGGUACCCACGUGAUGGUUCCUUUGUUAGAACAAAGACCAUAAACAACUGUGUUGGCCUUGAAAUAAGUACCAAAUCUGCGGUAGGUGACGAAAGAGAAGAAAUAACGUAUGGCCAUUAUAAAUAUCAGGAAGAUUCACCAGAAGAAAGAGCAGCUUUACUUAACGCCCUUGGAAAACGGGACGAUAGAAGGUUAAACCAAAGAGACCAACAGUAUGAAAGCAUGUAUGACGUAGGACCAAAAGAUGUUGAGUGUGAGCUAGUAGUAAAAGAUGGUGUGUCGGUUGGUCAGGACUUCGAUGUUGUUCUCCAAGUGAAAAAUAAAAGUAGCGAAAAUAGAACCGUAGGGGGCCGACUAGCAAUUAAGACCAUGUUUUAUACUGGUGUAGAAGGCGAUAAAGUUAAAAAACUACAAUUUCAAGAUUCCGUACAAGGAGGAAAAUGUAUGGAACAAGUAAUAGAAGUUCAAGUUGAAGAUUAUAGAUCUAAAUUAAAGGACAUGUGUAUGAUAAAACUGACGGCUAUAGCCAGGGUUCAAGAAACUAAUCAAGUAUUGACUCUGCAGAAAAUUCUUAAGCUAUCAAAGCCAUCUUUAACCAUCAAGGUUCCAUCCAUUAUAUAUCAGAAGAAAUCAUUCGACGUAGAAGUAUCGUUUACUAAUCCUCUAGACCAAAGUUUAACUAAUUGUUAUUUAGAAGUUGAGGGUCCUGGUUUACAAAAGAGGCAAAAACACCCACAAAGAAAUGUCAAACCUAAGCAAACGCUUGUAACGAGCGUCGAGUUGACCCCUAGAAAGAUUGGUGAGAGAGAACUAGUUAUAAUAUUUAACUCCGACCAGUUAGAAGAUAUAAAUGCUUCUAAAGUUGUUCAUGUAAUGUAAUUAUUGCAUCCGAUGAUCUUUACAACAUAAAACAUUUGGAUCAUUUUGAAGUUACUUGCCUAUAUGCCGGAUAAAAUAUCUGGCAGAUCUGUUAUCAGUAUAAUUAAGUAAAAAGUUGUUUGGUAUUUCACAAAAUUGUUAGAAUUAUUAUAUGGAUUUCAAACUGUGUUAUUAUCACUAUAUUUUUCCACUUCGCUAUUUCAUGGGAUCGUUUCGUAGUUUGUAUUUUCACGCUGUUAGAAUUGUCGGAAAUCAAGAAAUCUGUGAUUUUAAGAAAAAUUGCUGUAAUUUGAAUAAGAAAUAUUGCUGUAAUUUGAUUAAGAAAUAUUGCUAUAAUUUACGAAAUAUUGCUGUAAUUUGAUUAAGAAAUAUUGCUGUAAUUUAAACGUUGUAUUUCAAAUUUCAA